AGUCCUGCAAGAAUGCGCGCCCUGCCGACCCUGGACUCGCUUGCCAGAGUGCGACCGCCUCUCGGGGACCCUAGGGCAGCAGAGGACACUCUCACCGCGCCGCCAGCGAACAAGAGCGCUGUGGAGAGACUGGCAGCUGACCGCGCCAAGUAUGUUCGCAGCACGCUGGGAUCUAGCCGGGGUCCUGUAUCCGAACACAGGGUCCCUGAGGCCACAGGGGUGCAGCACCGCAACCCGAUCCCUUCCGCUAUUGCCCCAACUCCUGUAGCCCGCAGGGCUCUCGCUCGAAAGCCUCUGAGACCUGAUUCAUUGGUCAUCUAUCGGCAGAAAUGUGAAUUCGUACGAGGGUCAGAUGCAGACUGUUCCAGAGUGGGACUGAUGAAGAAGUUUUUCCAGGGGUCUAGCAAGGACAAAAUGGCAGUGGCCCCUGAGACGACCGGGGUGGCGGCUGAGGAUAAGACGAAGGAAACAGAGGCCACUUGGACUAAGUCGAGCAAGGCAGCAGCUGCUAGACCAGCCUCUAUGUUACCUCCUCCAGCCCCUGUAGUAGCCGUGAAGUCCCCAGCAUUGCCUUUUGAAGUGGCUCCCAAGGUUCCCGUCGGAAGCUCCGGAGUGGAGCUGCGGAUGUCUCGUAGCAAAGGAUUGCAGCGCUCUCAGUCAGAUCUCAGCUCCCGCUACUCGAUAGCCAGGGCUGAGUCUGACACCUUCUUCCAGUAUUGUGGCCUGGACCCUGAUGUAGUGGAGGCUCUCGGGAGGGAGAACUUCUCUGCUGGAUCCGACUGUGUUACACUCAAAGUGCGUAGCGUGAGCAUGGCUACUUCUGAUAGUAGCUUCUCCAGGCACAGCGAGGACGGAUUGCAAGAAGAGGAGCUCCUGGAGCAGGUGCCUAGCACCACCUCCGUAGUAGAAAGGAAUGCCCGUAUCAUAAAGUGGCUGUUUACCUGCAAGAAGGCCAAAGAAACCCCCAGCCAGAAGUUACAGGGACCUGCCUGAUUGACAUCUGAUCCAGGAAGCAAGCUUCCCCGGUGAUGAACGGACCCUUAAAUUGUAGGCGUCUGAGGUUCCAGAGCCAUGUGUUUGGUAUAUCCCAACAAUACCUAAUUGCUGCUGUCC